GCCAAUCUGAGCCAUGAACGGACACUGGCGAUACCAGUGUCGUGGACGAUGAUACCAGUAUCGUGGACGACCUUGUCGGCAUACUGGACAACCUCAGAGAUGUGACAUAUAAAGACCUGUCUCUUCCUCAUCAAAACGCUUUUUCUGCUACUCAUCAAGGCGUUUAUAUCUCCCACGGCAAAUUCCAACACACAGCUCACUUCUGUUCCGACAAGAUGCAUCUCACUUCUUUUCUCUCGCUCGCUGUGUUGGCUGCCACGACUGCAGCCACGCCUCUCGACCCGGCGUUGAAACUUGAAGCUCGUGCGGCAUACACGAAUGUGAAUUGUGGCGGGCAAGCCAUUCCGAGCGAUGCAGUCCGGGCAGCGUUCAAUGCUCUGAUAGCGAACGGCCGCAAACCCGAAGUGGAUCGACCUCGGAAUGGCAACGCCGACUCCUACCCGCAUUACUACGGAGCCGCAGACCCUUCUGUGAGGAACGAACUGAAUGGAAUCUGUCCGUUGGGGGCCAACCAGCAGUACUGGGAAUUUCCGCUCCUGCGGGUCGACGGCGCGUACACCGGCGGUUAUCCGGGAGCCUAUCGUGUCAUCGCCAGGGGGAAAGCCGAGGACAGUCCGGCCAACGGCUAUACAUACUGCCUUUCGGCUUAUCAUCCCCCGGGCGGCGGCAACGGAUUCCUCCCUUGUCAAGUCACGGCAUGA